UACGAAAAUCUGAAGCAUCAUCAUGCCCCCAAAAGCGAGUGGCAAAGCUGUGAAAAAGGCCGGUAAGGCCCAGAAGAAUAUCAGCAAGACCGACAAGAAGAAGAAGAGGAAGAGGAAGGAGAGCUAUGCUAUCUACAUCUACAAAGUAUUGAAGCAAGUUCACCCGGACACCGGUAUCUUCAGCAAGGCUAUGAGCAUUAUGAAUAGCUUCGUGAACGAUGUCUUCGAGCGCAUCGCCGCCGAGGCGUCGCGUUUGGCUCACUACAACAAACGCUCAACGAUCACCUCUCGGGAGAUCCAGACUGCCGUCAGACUUUUGCUACCUGGAGAACUUGCGAAGCACGCCGUGAGUGAAGGCACCAAGGCUGUCACCAAGUACACCAGCUCCAAGUGAAUUUCUCUUCCUCUGAA